GAAUAUGGGGCGGUCUCCAUGCUGUGAGAAGGUGGGGUUGAAGAAAGGGCCAUGGACUCCCGAAGAAGAUCAAAAACUCUUGGCUUACAUUGAAGAACAUGGCCAUGGAAGCUGGCGUGCCUUGCCUGCUAAAGCUGGACUUCAAAGAUGCGGCAAGAGUUGUAGACUUAGAUGGAUUAACUACUUGAGACCAGAUAUCAAAAGAGGAAAGUUCAGUUUACAGGAAGAACAGACCAUCAUUCAACUCCAUGCCCUUCUUGGAAACAGGUGGUCGGCUAUAGCUACUCAUUUACCAAAAAGAACAGACAAUGAGAUCAAGAACUACUGGAAUACACAUCUGAAGAAAAGAUUGACCAAGAUGGGGAUUGAUCCCGUAACUCACAAGCCUAAAACCGAUGCCCUCGGCUCCGCAAGUGGUAACCCCAGGGAUGCAGCUAACCUCAGCCACAUGGCUCAAUGGGAGAGUGCUCGGUUAGAAGCGGAAGCUAGAUUGGUCAGAGAGUCGAAACUAAUUUCAAACCCUCCUCAAAACCAGCUUGCUGGCGCCUCCUCUUCCUCGGUUCCACAGCUCACGAACAAUGCUGUUGUGGCUGCUCCAGCAACUAGACCACAAUGCCUUGACGUACUUAAAGCUUGGCAAGGUGUAGUUACCGGAUUGUUCACCUUCAACAGUGACAACCUCCAGUCUCCAACAUCAACGUUGAACUUCAUGGAAAACACGUUAGCUAUCUCGUCUGUUAAUGGAUUCAAUGACAACUUUCUUGGGAACUCAUCAAUUCCUUGUGAAGCUGGGGAUAUUGUAAAGGUCGACAGCAGCGCAAAUGAAUGGAAAUGUCUGGAGAAAUCGAACCAAAUUCCGGAGUUAAAUAGGGAAAGAUUGGAUAACUCAAUGGGGUUGCAUGAAAUGGCCUACUCAUCAGAGGGUGCAUGGUUUCAAGACUCGUACAGGGCAGAAAACAUGAUGGAAUGCUAUUCGGAUAUAAUGGUUUGUGAUUCUGGCGAUCAUCUACAGAGUUCGUCAAUGGCGGCGCCUGGACAAAACUUGAAUGGAACAAACUAUGCUAGUACUUUCGAGGAGAACAAGAACUACUGGAAUACCAUCCUCAAUUUGGUUAAUGCUUCACCAUCUGAUUCACCUGUGUUUUGAAGUUGUUCAGCGCUGGAUAAAAGUCCCAGGUCUAGAAUUUGACUUAUAAGUAAUUUAACAUUCCAAUUAACUGUAACGAAAA